GAGGAAUUGAAGACUUCAUUGAAAGAUUUACAAGAAAAACUCAAGAGCUUUAAAGAAAUAAAGCAAACAUUUGAUGAUGCAUCACACCACAUUAAGGCUCAGACUCAGCAGACCGUGAGAUGCUUGCAGGAGGAGUUUGAGCGGCUUCAUCAGUUUCUGCGAGAUGAAGAGAUGAUCAGAAUAUCUGCACUGAAAGAGGACGAGAAUCAGAAGAGUCAGAUGAUGAAGGAGAAGAUUGAACAAAUAGACAGAGAGAUCGAAUCUCUUUCAAACAAUAUUGGAACCUUAAAAAAUGAUUUAGACGCUGCCGACAUGCCCUUUCUACAAAACUUCAAGUUCUCAAAAGAAAGAGCCCAGAUCACACUGAAGGCUCCAGUGAUGCCUGCUGGAGCCUUGAUGAAUGUGGGAAAAUACUUGGGGAACCUGAAGUUUGAAGUCUGGAAGAAGAUGAUGCAGAUAGUUCAACUCAGUGGGUUUUACAUUCAUCUGUUUCAGUUAUGGGACUUUUCAUUCACAGUCACAAUGAAAAUAUUUCAUAAGUCCAGACAAAGUCUUAAUGGCAAUACUAGGCUUAAGCUCUAUUUAACCAUUCUCACUAAAUAAUGUA